AUGCCCCUCUGGCCCGACCGGCCAGAUGCGCCGGCGCCGGUGCCUGGGUCUGGCACUGGACACCCGGCCCCGACAUCGGCCCGGCGCCUGAGCGCCCUGCCACCCAUGUCCGGCCCCCUGGCCUCGCACCAGCUGGCCGUCCAUCAACAACUCCAACGGCAAUUCCACCAGCAGGCCCAGCAACAGGGGCACUCGGACCCCGCGGCCGGCAUGGCGCCUCCCCCGGCGGCCGGCACCGCCGGUGCCGCGGCCGCCGGCCAGCGCCCCCGGCGGACCAGCCGCAUGCCCGGCUGGCCCUCCACCGGGCCCAGUGACUCGACCCCCGUCAUUUCCAGCCCAUCUCCCCAGCUGCCGAAGGGCCUGGCCCCCGGGCCGGGCCCCGGGCUCGGGCUUCACCCCGCCACCCCGCAUGGCAUCACCCAUGUCAGCCUGCCGCGAGAAUACCUGCCACACUCGCCGACCACCGUGCCGGCCGACAGCUGGUCACACCUGUGCUCCUUCAGCCUUUCGCGCAUCCAACACCAGCAGGCCCAGGUGCUCGGGCGCAUUCGCCGCAUCACCCCGCCCCUGCUGCUGGCGGUGGAGGCCUGUGCCGGGGCCGGGGCCCCGGCGGCCAGCACCCCCGGCACCCAGCAGCCGGCCGACCCCUUUUGCGAGAGCCUACCCGCGGUGGACCGGCUCUUUCUCGAGCCGGCCCCCUCGGAGACCGAGGCAUACCGAUCGACGCUGAGCCUGGCUCGACAGCAGCCGACCGGCCGGCCAGCCGGCGCCGGGCCCGGGUCAGGGCCUCCCUCCGCCGCCGGGCGCUCGGCAGCCCUGCAGCCGGGGCUGGUCCUGCAGCCGGGCGGGGCGGUUCCCCAGCGGCGCCGACCCCCGCCGGGGGCCUCCCGGCCGGCGUCCGUCCACUCGGCCCCCGACGAGGCGGCCCUCUUCAUCGACCUGCUUUCGCCGUUCGCGCGCCGGCCCCGGGCGUCGCACCCGCCACCGGCGGUCCAGUGCGCCAUCGACUGGGCCAGCCUCACCACGGACAACCUGUUCGGCGUGCUGGAGCUGGCCCAGCUGGAGGUUGGAGCCCUGCUGAGUGCCGGCUUCGCGCUGGCCGACGACCUGGCCGAUGCGCCGCCCGGGGGCUUUCCCCUGCUGACCGGGGCCGAGUGCUGUGCCGGGCUGGCCGGCGCCGGGGGGCCCUGCCAGGCCGCCACCACCGGCCGCCACGAUCUGCCAUCCGACUUGACCGACGACUGCACUUGCCAGUGUGCCUGCGACCCGUGGCUCAAUGCCAGCCUCGAUGAGGAUCUGGCCCCGUUCCAGGGGCAGCUUGGCGAUCUCUUUGCCCGGGGGCUGGUCCCCUGUCUGCAUGGGAUCGAGCGGCCGCUGGCCGUGUGCGACACGCGUGGCCUGACGCCGGUGCCGCUGCGCUCCGGGCCGCCGCCGCCGCCGCCGGCCCCGGCGCCUGCCACGCCCGGGCCCCCGGGUGUCGAUGCCCAGGACCCCUCCCGGCCGUUGUCGGUCUUCUCGACGGUGGCCGCGCGCAUGCCCUCGCGCCUGCCGGCCCCCGAGGCGGAUGACAUCUCGCCGGAGGCGCUGGCCUCGCUGCAUGUGGCCGCGCCGGACCGCAUCGCUCGGCGCCGGGUCCUGGCCCUGCGUGCGCGCAUCGACGCCAUCAAGGCCGUCCUGCUGGUGCGCGUGCUGGACGAGGACCCCUUCGGCGAGGCCCUGCCGGACUCGGUGGCACCGGCCUGCCAGGCGGCAUCGGGCGUCCGGUCUCCGGGAGGCAUGCUUACCGGAGCGCCGCCCUCCCGCGGCAGCAGCCAGUAUGGCGGCCCCUCGGUGACGACGGUGGCCCUGCCGGCGCCCCGGACGCCGGAGCUCGAGUCCCCGCGAAUGAGCAUCCCCCCCGAAGCGGAGGUCCUCCGGCGCUUCCAUGCCCCGCCAGCGCCCGCGGCGCCCGGUGGCUCGCCCUCCGGCCCGUACCUGGAGACCACCUUCUCCAGCCAGUCCUCGCGCCCUUGGCUCAGCGGGGCCAUUCGGUCGCGGCACAAUCCCGACGAUCCGGAUGCCCUGGCGAUCGAGCAGCUCAGCAUCGGGCCCCGGGCCGAUGAGGCAUCGCCUGCCAUCGGGGCCCGCCCCGGGCGCGAGUCGUUCCGUGAAAUUUCCAGCAUGUGGGAAGCCCGCGGGGUGCCGGGGAUCGGCGGGGCCGGGGGCGGCGCCCCGGCCAGCCGGCCGGUGGUCCUGCGGCCGGGAUUCACCCCGCCGCCCCUGGUGCCCCGGGUGCUGGCCGCGCCGAGCGGCACCGCCAUGGAUGAGCCUCCCCCCGUCGUCCUGGCCAUGCCACCGCCGGCGGGUCCAUCUGCCCAGUCGGACUCGGCACCCUCUUCGCCGCUGGCGGCGGACCCGCCCCCCGGGGGAAGCUCGGAUCCGGUGCAGGCCCUCGCCCCGGCUGGCGGCAUUGUGUCGAUCUUUUCGCGAAGCUGGGCCACAGCCGGCACCAAUUCCCGGCCGUAUCCCCUGUUGGCGGAGGAUCCCGGCACCCGGAGCAGCGGCUUCUGGAGCGGCACCAGCGGCGGCGCCAGCGCGGCAGCCCCCCCGGCGCCGGGUCCCACCAAUGCAUACUCCCUGCUGCCGCCCUGGCCCGAGGCCCUGUCUGGCGGCCUGGCGGCCGACAGUGGCACCCACACGACGACGACGACGACGACGACGACGACGACGACGACGCCCUAUGUGCCGGGUCUCGGGACGAUGGUGCAGCCCUGGAGUGUGGCCAGCCGGAAUGCCGGCAGCGAUCGGCUGGUUGUUGCACAGCCCAACCACUCGCCGCUGCUGUCGGGCCUGCAUCAGCUGGCCGACUCGCGCGGGGACUACUCCGGCGUGGGGCUACUUCCGGAGGCCAGCGAUGACGAGGGCGAUGAGGCCACCGGGCUUGGCCGCCCCGGCGACCAGGCCCUUGCCCUGGAUCCGGUGACCGCCUUGCGGCAGGCCCGCCGGGCGGACUGGCGCUUCCGCUACCACCGGCUGUGCGCCAUGUCGGCGGACUUCUGGCUACGCGCCGGGCGCCGGCACUGGCGCCCGGCCGACUCCCCGGCCACGCGCAACCUCGACCAGAACCUGGCCCUGGCCCUGGGGGAGUAUUCCCACCUGGCGUGGAUGCGGGCCAACCGGCUGUCCCUGCGGCGCUUGUUGCUGCGGUCGCCAUCGCGGGGCCUGGCCGGCGGGCCGGUUCAGGCACCGGUCACGACCGUGGUCCCCCCACACAGCUCGCCGCCUGUGGCUGUAUCCCUUCCCCGGUCUCUGGCCGAAACGGCCCUGGCCGACAUGUCCUGCCUCAAUCCGGGCCCCGUGAGUCGGGAAUUCUGGCUCUCGCGGGCGACGCCAGCCGACACGGAUGUCUGGCCUGCGGGCGGGCCGCCGCCGGCCGAGCAUGGCUGGGCUCCGCUGAACUAUGGCCAGAUCCCCUUUUCCCUGGAGAUCAAGCGCCGGAUCUUCGAGGAGGGCGUCGAGCCGGACAUGCGCCCGGAAGUGUGGAAGUAUCUCCUUGGGUAUUACCGCUUUGGCAUGACGGCUGAGCAGCGGGUUCGGCGCGAUCGGAAGCUGCUCGAUGACUACAUCGCCAUCUGCAAGAAACUCCUCUGCCCAUCGACCAAUCCGGAACACCCUGGCUACGAGACCCCGCGCAUCAUCGAGAAGGACAUCCUCCGGACAGAUUGCUCGAUUCCCUUCUUUGCCGAGGGACGCCAGGUGAAUCCGAAUGUCCGGCGUAUGCGGCGCAUUCUGGCCGCCUAUGCCGCCUGGAAUCCGGCCGUCGGCUACUGCCAGGGCAUGAGUGACCUGCUGAGUCCCCUGCUGCUGGUGUUCUCCUCAUCCGACCUCGAGCGCGACCUGGGCUUGCGCGAGGCUGCCAGUAGCUCGGCCCCGGCGCAUGGCUCCGGCGUGUCGGUGCAGAGCUCCCCCGCCACACAUGGCUUCCCCCUGCCGGACGACACGGACUACGACUCCAUCGCCCCCGCCGAGGCGGAGGCCUUCUGGUGCUUUGCGCGCCUCAUGGAACGCGUGAAGGACAACUUCAGCUCAACCCACAGCAGCGUCUCGCGCCAGUCUCGGCGCAUCCUCUUCCUCCUCAAAUACCUGCAGCCGGAUUUGUACAUCCACUUGAAUCGCCUGGGCUGUGACGAGCUCUUUUUCUGCUUCCGCUGGCUGAUGGUCCUCUUCAAGCGGGAGUUCCCGCUGUCGCAGGUGUUCCGCCUGUGGGAGUCCCUCUGGUCGGAUUACCUCUGCCACGACUUCGCCCACUUCGUGGCGCUGGCCUUCAUCGCCCUCCAUCGGAGGCGCAUGCUGCGUAUCGCCAAGAGCGGCGAGGACAUCGUCCUCGUGGUGAAUGGGCCCCACCUGCGGGAGUACCUGCCAGCGGCCCUGCGCCUGCACCAGCAGUGGAGCGUCUUCUGGAGCCCAUGCACCCUGUUCAGUGACAGCCUGUCGCCGGUGGUUCUCGGGGGCACAGCCGCCCUGGACCAGCUCCAGGGCCAGACGGCCCACCUCCGCCGGGCCAGCCCACUGUUGCUGGCGGCCGCCGGCGCGUCUACCUACACCACCCCGGCCGCGGCCGGGGCCUCGCCCAGCCUGGGCCCCGGGGACAGCCUCACCGACGAGGAGGCCAGCAACCUGGCCUCGGGCGUGGGUGCCAUCCCGGCGGACGGCCCCGAACCGCUGGCCAAGCCGCCGGCCGACGCCGCCGAGGCCAGCCGGCCGCUGGUGGUGCCCCCCACCAAGGCCCCCGCGGGAGGGUCCUCCCUGCCUCUGCUCCGGGAGGAUCCGGCCUCGGCGCACAUCGUCAGCGCCGAGAUCAUCAUCCGCCUGGCGGCCGAGCUCUACUGGGAGUCCCGGCGCCUGGGGGUCCUGUGAAGAGAAAGAGGGGCCUGCCACAGAGGGGGGGCGGGGCCUGCAGCCGGGUGUGGCUUUGCGCGCCAUCCCCAUCCAGAUGCCGCUGCACGGCUUGCCCCUGCCCUGCUCCCCCCCCCCCCCCC